UUUGAUCUAUUUGUGUUUGAAGAAGGAAUUCAAUUGUAAUAUUUAAUACAACCUCCUUUAUUUCAAAAUGUAAGCAUUUUAAAUCGUAAUAUUUAAUACUCGGUUCCUUUAUUAUCCGUAUAUUUAAAACAUAUUGUGUGGGGGAGAACGUCAUUUAAACAAUAUUUUAAAGCAAUUUUAACCCCAAUGACAAAUGAUCAGAAAUUGUCUUACUCUAGCUGUAUUCAUCCUAAACUUUAUUAUCCUCAUUGCAGUCUUCUAAACUGACAGAGAUCAAUUCUAAUGUGAUGCUUUUUAUUUCUAAAGAUCCUUUCCUCUAGUGUUAAUUUAAAAACCCUUUUGAGAAGUAUAUGAAGUAAGUGAAUAGAUGGAUGAUGGCCUUUAAUCUAAUGGUUUCCUAUUUCUUCACAAUGGAACAAACAAAAUGCUUCAGUGGAUCUCUGUGAAGGGAAGGAAAUGCCAUGGGGCUUCAUCUCCAGUGUCCCUGUAACCGGUCAUCUAUGACCCUGUUGUCCAGAUCAGCGACCCGCACUCAUAUAAAGCCACAAAUGACAUACGAGCCCUUCAGAAGGACAUCAGCACUCAAUAUGAAGCUGAUCAACAGCUGCCUUACUGUUCUCGUCUUUAUAAAUGCUGUACAUUCAGCAGCUAUGAGAGAAGGGAGUGAAGAUUUGCUAUAUUUCCUGAAGGAUGCAUUUGAAAUGAAUCUACCUCUUGACCACACUGAACCAACACCGCUCUCAGAAAUGGAUCUAGCAACAAAGAAGAUUCUGGAUCCUGUACAUCUGGCAGAUCCAACUGCAGACCAGGCUGAUAAACCACAUGAUACUGACAAAAGAGCAGUGGAUUUAGACAGCCCAGAGUUUGAGGACACCUCUGAAAGACCAGACCGAGAUGCUGACAGUGAAGAACGUGAUGGUGGUCGAGGAACAUCUCAGAUACAAACCUCAGGAAUCAAAUUGAAACUAAGCUAUGCUGAUAAGCAGGACAUACUGGACGACAGUAGGGAAUCAGUAGAUUAUCUUCUGGGAUGCACAGAAACAUCUGCUGAACAUCCCAUGGAAGAGAACAACAGUCUGGAUGCCCCUAAUCUGGACCAGAAGAUUCAAACGGACACAAAGAGCUAUCAGAACCAGCUGAGGAAAAUAUGUCCCACAAAGAGAGAACGAGAAUCCAACAACUCAAGAGCACGGCUGGAUUUAGGAAUUUCCAAAGAAUUCCAUUAA